CACAAGUCAAACCAACAACCAUCAACAUGUUCAAAUUGCUUUUCUUCUUCGCCCUUUUGGCUAUCGCCCUUGCCGUCCCCAAGGCUGAACCCCAACCCCAAUUCUACUAUGGUGGUUUGGGAUACUCUGGCAUUGGUUACGGAUACGGAUACGCUGCUCCCUACGCCUACGGUGGCUAUGGAUCUUACUAUUACUGAUGAACUAGGUCUCUAAUCAUGUACACACUUCAACUUAGAUUUAGUAUUAAAAAAUAAAAAAAA